AAAAUGAACCCUUUCUCUCUUCGGUCAACACAAUGGCCGUGGCCCAACAGCCCUUUGCAUUAACAUAAAUCCUUCAUCUUCAGAGACCCGCUGUUGAGCCAGACUCUUGCAAAAACACAUUGAGAGACAACAGAAGCAGAGAGGCGAAGGAAGAUGAUUAUACCAGUUCGUUGUUUCACUUGCGGGAAGGUGAUUGGUAACAAAUGGGAUGCAUAUCUGGAUCUCCUUCAAGCUGAUUACUCAGAAGGAGAUGCUCUUGAUGCUUUGGGAUUGGUCCGUUAUUGCUGCAGGCGAAUGCUCAUGACUCAUGUUGACCUCAUUGAGAAGCUUUUGAACUACAAUACUCUGGAGAGAAGUGAGGGCAGUUGAAGGAGGCUGUGGAGGUUACGAGUGUUCUCAAACUAGCUACCAAAGAUGUGUGGUGAUUAUGGUGAAAGUGUACGCAGACAAUGGAGAAGACAUCUGAGAAUGUUCAAAUAUUGUGUGAACAUUAAUCAUUGUCGUUUUUCUCCUGUUUGAAAACCUAUACUAUGAUUUUGAGGCUGUUGGAAAUAGUCUUUAAAAUAGUGAUGAUCUCUCAUGAUCAAGAUUGUGUUGCUGCUAGGAUAUUUGGAAGUGCAUGAAUUUAUAAUGCCCCAUCAAAGUUUGGAGUUUUGCUGCAAGCCAUACUGGGAUUUUGCUGCUAGCUUCAUUUGUAUUAGAGUGAAAGUAAAUUAGGUAUUAGUAUGUUGUCAUUUGUCAAUGCAGGCAACUUCGGCCACCCAAAA